GCUACUUCAUGAAAGAUGAAUGGCUCGGCUUUUGUAUGUACGGUGUUUGCAUUUAAUUUCCGGAAUGUGAGGAACGCAAUACGGGAAAAGUCCUGACUAUAUAUUUCUACAGUUGAUUAAUCAUAACUAAAUUCUGACUGUAUAUGGAAGUUUUCAAGCUGUGAUUAAAAGAUAUAUAAAUAGUUCGGUAUGACAAAAACGACACUACGUAAAAAUAUGCGUCUGGUAUAAAAUUAAAUAUCAUAAUAUUUAACAUUGACAAAGUAUUGGACUUCAUAUUUUCAAAGUGUGUUGAUUUAAAUUCGUGAAUUCUGGCGGCGUUCCCCGUGGACUCAUCACAGUUUCCAAUUUCCAUUGCCAACAUCUGUAAGAGCAAGGACGAGUUGGGGGUCGUAUCAACAUGGAGGAUUCUUCAUCAAAUCUUCUCGCAAUGAAAACAAAUGAGAACAACAAUAUGUUAGAGACUCAGAAAUUUGAGCUCUAUGACUGUGAAAAAACAUUAAAAUCAGAAAAACCCGGAAUAGUAACACAAAAGCAGACAAGAGUUCUAUUUAUAGUAGCGGCGAUUCUCAUCGGAUUUGCUGUUUUAUCUCUUAUCACAGCCGUUAUAUUGGUCGUAAGAUUCUCAGGGAGAGGUGAGGAGAAGAUCACUUCACAGAACCAGACAUCAUACACAACCAUAUCACCCACACCUUCAUCCAGCAUUCCAGUGCAGAGCACCUCCACAUUGUCACCAAGUAUAUCCACAUCAUUCACAAUUCAUCCUACAAAAUCCACAGUGGUUUUCACGACAACAGUCACCAUGGAAACUUCUAAACCAACCAGUACAGUGAUCUCAACUACAGCCACCACAACAGUAACCACGGCAACUGUAGUCAUAUCAUCAACACCAGUGUCAGUGUGUGAAUCUGACGAGUUUCGGUGUUCAGACGGUACCUGUAUAGCCAAGAGUUAUGUCUGUGAUGGAAAGCCACAUUGCCCUCUGGCAGAAGAUGAACACAAAAGCUGUGAGUGUUCCGAGACACAGUUCCGGUGUCACAGUGGACAGUGCAUAGAAGCAAAGUUCCGGUGUGAUGGUUAUCCACAGUGUAAUGAUAAAUCUGAUGAAAUGAACUGUACUGAUUGUACAGGGUUUGAGUGUGACUCGGGUCAAUGUCUCUGGAGUAAUUCUGUCGUAUGUAACAGUCAUGUUGACUGUCUUGAUCUUUCCGAUGAAAAGAACUGUGACUCUCGGCGUGGCUACACCAGGUGUGACAACGGAUUAUUAGUACGUACAUCGAAAUUUUGUGAUGGCGUAGAUGACUGUUUUGACAACUCUGACGAACAAAAUUGUGGCAUGAGGUGUAAUCCUUUAGCAGAAAGAAUCUGUGCUGAUAUGAGAAAGUGCAUCAUGAUAGAAUGGUUCUGUGAUGGACAUACCGAUUGCUCAGAUGGUUCAGAUGAGAAAAAUUGUGGUACAUGUGACAGUGAUGAAUUCCAGUGUUCCGACUAUUCCUGUAUCCCGGCUCAGCAAGUGUGUGAUGGUACCAAGCAGUGUGCUGCAGGAGAUGACGAGGUAGAUUGCUUAAAGCUCAGGGGUAGUGGUAUCUCAGAAUCACAAGGUAUCAUCACAGUGAAGUCAGAUGAUCAGUUUCUGCCUGUCUGUGGAGAUGUCUGGACAUCCGGUGUUGCUGAUGAAGUUUGCCAAUACUUCGGUUUCAGAGGCAGUUCUGGCACAAGUUAUAUACCUGAAACCACUGCUGGUGUGACUGUAUCCCAGGGAUUCAUGCGCCUAAAGGACAGUACACUGGCAGCCAAUCAGAGUUUACUGGCAAAAUUUACCAAAUUACCCAUGUGUUCUGCAAAGAAAGUCGUCAGUGUCAAAUGUCAACAAAAUGUUUGUGGUGAACGAAAAGUUGAGAUCAUGACUCCAUUCAUUGUUGGUGCUACAAUUCCUCCAAAAGGGAAGUGGCCGUGGGUUGUUUCUUUAUCUAUGCUAGGCCAGGAUGUGUGUGGUGGGGUAAUUGUUAAUAAAAGGUGGAUUCUUACGUCGGCCCAUUGUAUUGUAACGACCUUGGCUAAUUAUACCCUAGCUCCGCACUUUUUUGAGAUCACAGCUGGAACUAACUCUCGACAGAGACAAGUUGGCGACAAGGCGCAGAGACGUCGUGUCGAUAAGAUUGUACUUCACCCGCAGAUGAAACGGCUUGAAACGGGCCUCACAGAAUGGGACUUGGCGUUAUUACAUAUCGACUCUCCCCUAUUUUAUGGAGAUUAUAUACAGCCGAUUUGUUUUCCAGAUCAAGAUGAAAGCUUCCCGACAAGUUCUCAGUGUUACCUUGCUGGUUGGGGUUACAUAAAUACACAAGAAGUGUCGGUAAACAAAUUACGUGAAGGCAAGAUGAGGUUAUGGGGAGAAGAAGACUGUGCUAACAAUGGUAUAUCUAAACCACUAAACACAAACGCCACUAUGUGUGCAGGGUAUUAUUCGGGCGCUAUUUCAGCAUGCAAGGGAGACAGCGGAAGCCCGUUGAUGUGUUCUGAUAACCGAGGGCAAUGGACUGUAGUCGGGGUAAUGAGUCACGGUGUUAAUGGAUGUGACGGUGGAUCUCUGAGACGAGCAAACCGAUACGCUCGAGUGUCAACGUCUAUAGACUGGAUACAGAUGACCACAGGGGGCUGAAGGGGUUAUACCGGGAUGAGCAAUAGUGUCUCUUAGCAACCAUAUCUUGUAGAACGGAGGUGCCUUGUCUUUCAAACAAUCAGAUUCUCAAAGAAUUCUGAAUAUAAUUGAACUUAAAAGAUGUUCAACACAUGUCUUUUGAAGAUAUUUUUCACAGAAAAUAAUUUCAUAAGCUGGCAUACUUUUUGACACAGUCGGUAUGCAUUCUGUUGUUCUAUCCAGCAUCUGCCAAAAUGUUACUGAUAGGAAAUAAUCACAUUUCUCACUAUGGAAAAGCUUAAAAAUUCAGAAGUUUCAAUGUUUAUGUCUAAUUUUUUUGUGAAGGAAAGUUAAAUUUUGACAUUACAGAAACAUAGUUUAACAUUUAUUGAAAUCCUAUAUAUGUUUCCAAUCAUGUCUUAUUGGUAUGGAAUUUAUUAUGAAAGAAAUAGGAAGGAGUUUUCAAGAAAAAGAAUCAGGGACUCAAAAUUUUCUACAUUCCAAAUUUUACUUUGUUUUAGCGUGCUUCCUUGAAGAGUUAGGGGAGACAAUCAGUAUCUGUGUGUGAUUCUCAGUCUGUCCGGAGUAAUGUUUUCCUGAUUUCAGUGUUCUAGUGUAAGAUGGCAUUUAACAAAAAUAAAUAUGAAAAAGAAUAAUAAUAUGUAAAAAUAUGAACAUAUACUAUAUAUACUUUAUGUAAACGUAAUGUUAGUAAGUUAAUUUGUUUGCAUAGGGUUUAAAAUAGUACACUCUUAAUAUGUUUAGCUAAAUGCAGUAUAAAUAAAAAACUGGAAGUUUUUUUAAAAAUCAAGUUUUUUUAAAAAUCAACUGUUUCUGCAUGACAUUAAAUCAUGAAUGUAGCUCUACAUACCGUAUUUUCCCGAAUUAAGGCCCCCCCUCUAAUUAACGCCCCCACUUGUUUUGGAGGGGAAAAAAAGUCAACAAGAACGAAAAAAAAUCACCUACCUCAUUUUUAUAAGUCCACAUAAUAAGUAAUUUACAGUAAGUAUCCAAUGUAUUAAGAAUUAAACACACUUUUAAACAGUACAUGUACCGUAAAUCCAAAACGUUUAUACUAAGUACGGUACGUAUCCAAUCAUCAAAUAGAAAAUUAAACGGUAAAUCCAUUUUUGAUUUGUUUUUGCACCACCCGCGCACAAGCUUCCUGUCGACUUUAAACAAAUUUGCGGCAAAGUGUUAACCUUUUCUUCGGCAGUUUUAAUAACUUUUAAUUUAAAAGCCGGCACAUAAGCAGCGUGUCAAACCACUGACAUUGUGUAUUGCUACCCGCAUGUACUAAGGAAAAUAUUAUCGGAGUACACAGCUGUUUGGUUAUGAUGACGUAAUGUGUAAUGUCGCGAGCGUGUCACGGAAUACAUGAGGUACCAUAUUUAAAUGCAUAAUUUUAAGAUACACUGCAUUAAAUUGGAUGCCAAAUAAUUACGUUUUGGGGGAAUUAAACAACACAGAAACACUUUACAGUUGGUUUGAACGAUGUUUUUAAGUUUUGUAAAAAAAUUUAUUUUUUAUUUUUUUACCUCAAAUGAACCCUAAUUAACCCUAACCAAAUGAACCCUAACCCUAACCCUAACCCUAACCCUCUUUGGAAAAUGUAACGCCCCCGGGGGCGUUUAUUCGGGAAAAUACGGUACAUAACUAAUUUAUAUAUUAAGUAAAGUUAAAUACAUGAGGAAUGUUCUACAUUUGACAUAAAUAUCUAAAGAUAAAAUCCUUAUAGUGGAUGGGCAUUGUAUAACUUUAAAACGCUGAUUCAAAAUCGGGCUUGAAGGAUUUGUCACUCCAAGUUACUAAAUCCAUAAAAACAGGGUUAAAAAAAUUAACACAUUGGCAUGUAUAUACUAAUAAAUUUAACCUGCAGUAAUUUUUCAUAGUGCAGUCAAAUAAUUGUUCUAAUUUUUUUUUAUCUCUGAAUAUAUUUAUGGGUUGUCACGUUAAAGAUUUUAAGGACAGUACAGGUAAUUUGAACUUUUAAUGGCUCAUUGCAGAUUCAUGAUCUGUAUGUAAUACAUACUUUUUUGUGUAUCGAAAAUUCAUCUCAAAUUGGCGAGUUUUUAUCACCAUAUUUUGUCUGAAGAGCUUUUAUUGAUUAAAACAUUACAUUGCUCUGUAUUAAUACUGAAAAGAUGGGAUGGUAAAAAUGUUUUUAAAACAAACUAUUGGACAUUUAUUUAUUUUUAAAAUUCAUUCCCAAUAAAAUGUCAUUCCUCAAUGAAGUUUAUUUUUAAUGUGACAAUCUACCUGAUAUUUUUGUUUUGCUUACUUAAAGUUAUAUUAUGCUUAAAUUUCAUGUUUGAAAAAUAUGAACCAUUACUACACAGUAUUUUAAAUGUGUGUGUCUUAAGUUUAAAAUACUGCACACUAAUAAAUGUACAUUAUAUAAGUUUGAAUAUGUAAUGCCUUUAAAAAGCUGGAAGUUUUUUAGCAAGUGACUGUAACUAGAUUUGACACUUGUGAUUACCUCUGUAAAGUCACAGUAAUUUAAUUUAUUUAGCUGAGCUAAAUGUAUUCGAUGUGAAUUUUCUAGAUUUAAAUCAGUAUCUUAUCAGAUAAAAUCUCAAUGAAAAAUGAGCAUAAUACAUCUUUAAUGGCUUUAGCUUUAAAACUGCUUGUAUUGCAAGAAUGCCCACCUGUCUCACAUGUCCCAGGUUUUGUUGAAAACAUUUUAGCAUUAUUAUCACAGUUUUUUCUACAAUUUAAGUGAUUCACUUAACUGAAAAUCAGGGUCCAAGAUUAUAAAACCUAGUAUUAGGAACCAGUUUCAAAACUCUGGCAUCUGAUUGGCUGUUUCAGGUCACAAUCAUGAAACUGACCAAUGGCAUGGUUGCAUUUUAAGCCUGGUUCCUGGCCUUAGUUUUAUUAUCUUGGAAACUGAUGUCCCUCCCUUUUUCUUGUUGAAUGUUAUAAAAAAAAGUUUGAAAAAUGUACACUGUAAAAUAUCAACAUUAUACCAGUACAGUUCGAGUUGAUUUCGGAUAUUUGAAUAACCUAUUUGUCAGGACAAAAUAUUCAAAUAACAGGUGAUUUCAAAUACAUGUACAUGUAUCACAUUAUUUCCGAGUAGGGCAUGGACAGGUAGAAAUGUUGCCCGGAUCUCUGUCAUCAAUACCAUGUGGGUACCCAAUCAUAGAUUUUAUGCAGCAAAAUCAGCAUUGUAAAACAAUAAAUUACAAAGAACACAGUUACUUGCCUUUUUAAAACUUAUGAACAAAAAAUACCUGCUACAGUUCGGAAGUUGUUUGUCUGUUUAUCAGAUGUGGUCUCUGUCCACAUGAGCCUAGUAAUAAAGGUGGGGGAACAUCAUCCAACUUUGUUUGAAUAAUUUUAUAUGGAAAUGAAAUUCAUACAACUUUAUUGUAUUGGUGCAGUACGGGGGUACUAAAUUUUUACCCGGGUACCAUGCAAAAUGCACCUUCGUCUUUGGUACAAGGACACUUGUCCAUGCCUUAUUUUUGAGUUCUGUGCAAAGGUAUUACCUUUUAUCACAUAGUAUAUUUAUUUUAAAAUUAUCAACUUGUAAGAUUUAAAAGAAUUUAAAACAAAUAUCAAACAGUUUUUACAGUAUGCGUUUCAGCAAAUUUAGUGCAAUAAUGUCGUACCUAUUUAUAAGCAUAUCAUUUAUGUAAAUACAAAUCCCGCCAUACAUGAAACCAUAUCAGAUUUUUUAUUUAUGUAGAAAUUUGCAUUAUUUUUAGCUUUAUUAAUUCAUCAUGGUUGUGUUGAAAUAUAUCUAUUAAAAAAAGUACCAAGUCAUUAAUAUCUUGGAACUGCAAGUUUGAAACUACAUUUUGUAUUAAAAUACUGUGAAAUCACUAGAUCCAUGAAGUAACCUUUAGCCUGCUGGCUGCAAGUGAUUCUGCUUUUGUGACCAGUGCAGACCAAGAUCAGCCUGCACUUCCAUGCAGGCUGAUCAUGGUCUGCACUGUUUGCUAUUUAGUCAGUAAAUUUUCAGUGAACAUCCCUUCGAAUAAUAAGUGGUACUGCCCAAAUUGAAUGAUGGACCAGUCCAUUUUAGAAAUUUAGCAGGGUAAAGGUUAGCAAUUCAUGCCUGUGAAAUUAUAUGAUUUCACAAUAUUCUGUAUGUUUAGUAUUGACAAUGUAUGUGAUCUUGUUUUAUUUAAAAGUUUUGUUUAAAGUUUCUAAUUGUUGGCUGUUAAUAGAAUUAAGAACCUAAGAUUGAAACAGAUUUAGGAAAUAAUGUAUAGAAAAUCCGUGUUUUAACGUUAUUAAUGCACGAAAAUAGGUUAUACGUCUGCGGAAUAAUUUCACAAGGGCUUAGCCCGAGUGAAUUAUUCUGGGGACGUUUAACCGAUUUGAGUAUAUUAAUCUAAGUAAAACACGGUUUUGCUAUACAUUAUUUCAAUUCUAAUAUGCUCUGAAUAUAAAACAGUAGAUAAAAUAUAGUAGCGCUCUUCCUGGGACCAGCAAAAAUAUUGACGUCACACUUUAAUGUGACGUCAUUUUAGCGUAAGCGUGUUUUAACAGAAACAAGCAUAUUAGAAUUUGUGUUUAAGUACAGUGUUAUCAAGCUAGCACCUGAGCAGUUUUAUUAAUGUACAGUGUAAUAGGGCUAGGUUUUUUUUUUUACUUUUCCUUUUUAGCUCAUCUGAUUUUUUGAAAAAAAAUGAUGAGUUAUUGUCAUCACUUGAGCGGUUGUCGGCGUCGGCGUCUGCGUCAGCGUUGCCUGGUUAAGUUUUAUGUUUAGGUCAGCUUUUCUCCUAAACUAUCAAAGCUAUUGCUUUGAAACUUGGAAUACUUGUUCACCAUCAUAAGCUGACCCUGUAUAGCAAGAAACAUAACUCCAUCUUGCUUUUUGCAAGAUUUAUGGCCCCUUUUGUACUUAGAAAAUAUCAGAUUUCUUGGUUAAGUUUUAUGUUUAGGUCAACUUUUCUCCUAAACUAUCAAAGCUAUUGCUUUGAAACUUGGAAUACUUGUUCACCAUCAUAAGCAGACCCUGUACGUCAAGAAUCAUAACUCCAUCUUGCUUUUUGCAAGAUUUAUUGCCCCUUUUGGACUUGGAAAAUCAGUUUUCUUGGUUAAGUUUUAUGUUUAGGUCAGCUUUUAUCCUAAACUAUCAAAGCUAUUGCUUUAAAACUUGCAACACUUGUUUACCAUCAUAAGUUGACCCUGUAUAGCAAGAAACAUAACUCCGUCCUGCUUUUUGCAAGAUUUAUGGCCCCUUUUUGACUUAGAAAAUAUCAGAUUUCUUGGUUAAGUCUUAUGUUUAGGUCAACUUUUUCUCUUAAACUAUCAAAGCUAUUGCUUUGAAACUUGCAACACUUGUUCACCAUCAUAAGCUGACCCUGUACAGCAAGCAACAUAACUCCAUCCUGCUUUUUGCAGUAAUUAUUGCCCCUUUUGGACUUAGAAAAUCAUUUUCUUGGUUGAGUAUUAUGUUUAAGUCAACUUUUCUCAUAAACUAUUAAAGCUAUUGCUUUAAAACUUGCAACAGUUUUUCACCAUCAUAAGUGGACACUGUACAUCAAGAAACAUAACUCUAUCCUGCUUUUUGCAAGAAUGAUGGCCCUUUUUAGACUUAGAAAAUCAUGGGUGGGACAAUAUUUCUAUUACACAAAAAAAAUCAGAUGAGCGUCAGCACCCGCAAGGCGGUGCUCUUGUUUCUUCCAAGUACAGUAAGUACAGUGUUAAAAACUAGCAGUUUAACAUUUUUAUUGAAGUACAGUGAAAUAAAGUUAGUUAAAGUACAAAGUUAUAAAGUAAGUUUUGUUCAAGAACAGUGUUAUUUGGCUAGCACUUGAGUGUUUUUGUUCAAGUACAGUGUUAUUUGGCUAGCACUCAAGUGUUUUUGUUCAAGUACAGUGUUAUUUGGCUAGCACUCAAGUGUAUUUGAUUAGCACUUUAUUAUUUUUGUUCAGUGUUCAGGUACAGUGUUAUAAGGCUAGCACCUGAACACUUUUGUUCAAGUACAGUGUCAUUAGGCUAGCACCUAAGAAGUUUUGUUCAAGUACAGUGUUAUUAGGCUAGCACCUAAGAAGUUUUGUUCAAGUACAGUGUUAUUAGGCUAGCACCUAAGCACUUUUGUUCAAGUACAGUGUCAUUAAGCUAGCACCUAAGCACUUUUGUUCAAGUACAGUGUCAUUAAGCUAGCACCUAAGCACUUUUGUUCAAAUACAGUGUCAUUAAGCUAGCACCUAAGCACUUUUGUUCAAGUACAGCGUCAUUAAGCUAACACCCAAGCACUUUCGUUCAAGUACAGCGUCAUUAAGCUAGCACCUGAGCACAAGUACAGUGUCAUUAGGCUAGCACCUAAGCACUUUUGUUCAAGUACAGUGUCAUUAGGCUAGCACCUGAGCACAAGUAUAGUGUCAUUAGGCAAGCACCUAAGCACUUCGGUUCAAGUACAAUGUCAUUAGGCUAGCACUUGAGCACAAGUACAGUGUCAUUAGGCUAGCACCUAAGCACUUUUGUUCAAGUACAGUGUCAUUUACCUGAGCACAGGUACAGUGUCAUUAGGCUAGCACCUAAGCACUUUUGUUCAAGUAUAGUGUCAUUAGGCUAGCACCUAAGCACUUUUGUUCAAGUACAGUGUCAUUAGGCUAGCACCUGAGCAGUUUUGUUCAUAGCUUCAAACGUCAAAAGCGCCCUGGAAAUGAAAACCACACAGAUCAGG